AACGAGGCAGAGCAGCUUUUCUCACGAACCAUGAAGAGCAGACAGUACUUUUCGAUUGUUGUCUCCUUUCUGUUCACCCUAACUUCACCUGCUAAAGGUUUUCAGAUCCGAUUAGCUGGCUCUGGAUCCACUCGGUGCUCKGGAAGAGUUGAAAUCUAUCACAACAACACCUGGGGAACAAUAUGUGAUGACAACUGGGACAUGAAUGAUGCUAAGGUGGUAUGCCAACAACUGGGCUGUGGUAUGAAUCUGAGGGCCCCUAGAGCGGCCCGUUUUGGUGAAGGAACUGGCAAUAUCUGGCUGGAUGAUGUGGACUGCUCGGGCAGUGAAAGGUCUCUAAGUGACUGUAAGCACAAAACAUUUGGGAAGAAUGACUGCUCACACGAUGAGGAUGCUGGUGUUGUCUGUUCAGCAAUAAGACUGACUGGCUACACUCGUUGCUCUGGAAAGGUUGAAAUUUAUCACAACGGCACCUGGGGAACAGUGUGCGACGACUCCUGGGACUUGAAUGACACUGAGGUGGUUUGCAGACACCUCGACUGUGGCACAGCGGUGGCCGCCACAGUAGAAACCCUUUUUGGUCGAGCAGGUAGAAGCAGGAAUAUCUGGCUUGAUGACGUGGACUGUUCAGGAAGUGAAGGGUCUCUAACUCAGUGUCGGCACAGUGGAUUUGGGAACCAUGACUGUUCACAUAAUGAGGAUGCUGGUGUUGUCUGCUCAGCAACCCUCCCGAAGCCCAGCAUCUCAGUGAAUCCUUCUGUUGUGGUCAGCUGGGGUCAGAAUGUCAGUAUCACCUGUUCAAGCUCACCUGAGCUUUCAGGUGGAGCAUAUAUUCUGAAGAAGAGUCCGGGCUCCUUCACUGGGACGGAGAGCUCAGAUUCCAACAUUGCUACAUUCAGGAUCUAUAACGUGGACUUUGAUCAUGAGGGAUUGUAUCAGUGUCAGUAUGAGAGAAAAAUUGCAGAUGAAACUUACAGAUCCAGCUUAAGUGACUCUGUCAGACUCUCUGUUACUGUGAAUUUCCCCAAGCCCAGCCUCUCCAUGAACCCUAUUGGUGAGGUCACCUGGGGUCAGGACGUUCGCAUCACAUGUUCGAUCUCAACUCAAUUUUUAGGUGGAAGUUUCAUCCUGUUUAAUACCCUGGGCUCAUUCAAAAAGAUACAAACCUUAAGCACCAACUCUGCCACCUUCAGCAUUCCUAAAGUAGGGUUUGCUGAUGGGGGACUGUACCUGUGUUGGUAUGAGAAAAUGAACAUCAGCUCCACUCUGAGUAACUCUGUGAGACUCUCUGUCACAGUGCCUUUGUCGCUGCUGGUCUCAUCAAUAGCAGGAGGGAUCCUGCUGCUGCUCCUGCUGGUCCUGGUGGUUGGUCUGGUCUACAGGGGAAGAAGAGGAAAGGCCAAGCAGCCAGGAGCCCUCAUCUUAAGUCAAUUGUCCGUCAAGGCCAGGAACAAGUUUGAAGAUGACAAGAACCACGACUAUAUCAACUUUGAUUUAGAAAACAUUAACAAGGAGAUAGUGGGCAAAGUGGCAGAUGAUACUUAUGAGAAGCCAGAGAGUGAUGAAGAUCCUCAUUAUGAUGAAUUGGACCCCAGUAAACAUUUGAAGUCCAAGGUGGUCUGUGUCAGUGUAGAGCACAACAGAAAAGAUCAGGAAGAAGACGUUGACGAGAAUGUCUAUGUAGAUGUUAGUCAUUUUUACAAACUGGACGUUAAUGGAGAAAAUGAAGAUUUUAAUAUGAACAUUUAGGUCAAACUGACUGAAACAGACACAAGAUUUUGCCAAAUUGAAAUGAAAAUUGCCAGUAAAACAUUUUAUCCAAAUGUUGAAUGGUGCUGGACUGAUACUCUGUAUACAUUAUUAAAUUAUACACUUUUACAACAUUCUUGGAUUAAGACAAAAAAGCUUCACCCAUGUCUGCCCCACCGAAUUUUCCAUUUUCAGUUAUUGUAGAGUUUUCUUCACUCACUAUAUUUGAUUAUUUCUUCUUGAAAAAAAAUAACCAUUAUCUUUUAGAUGAAAUGAGAGUUUGUAAAAUAGUGUGGAUGUAUAGUUGAGGCACUUAAAGCAAUAAAGCCGAAUGAUGACCAAGCUGUUGAUGUUUGGUGCAUUGAGGGAAAGUUGCAACGUGUAAGAACAGUCAGUUACUAUCUAGACUCUAAGGUUUGUUAUAUGCACUGUUCAAAAUCCCCACAGUUCCAAUCUGGCA